AUGGGCCAGGAAGAGUCCUCCAUGAGCUACGGCGGCCCGCCCGCAACCCUCAGUGAGCGGAGCUUGGCCGCUGUCGCGGACUACAUCAAGUCGGGUCGCAGCAAGCGUAUUGUGGUUCUGACUGGCGCUGGUAUCUCGACUGCUGCUGGUAUCCCCGACUUUCGAUCGCCUGGAACUGGUCUCUAUGCCAAUCUUGCCCGUCUCAAUCUGCCCUACGCUGAAGCCGUCUUCGAUAUCUCCUACUUUCGCGAGCAUCCCGAGCCAUUCUACGUAUUAGCAAACGAAUUGUAUCCCGGAAAGUUCCACCCGACCGUUUCGCAUGCCUUCAUCGCUCUUCUCGCCCGCAAGGGCCUUCUCCAGAUGCUCUUCACCCAGAACAUCGAUUGCCUUGAGCGCGUAGCAGGAGUGCCCUCGGACAAGAUAAUUGAGGCCCAUGGAAGCUUCGCAAAGCAGCGCUGCAUCGAAUGCAAGGAGGAAUACCCCCAGGAUAAGAUGGAGAAGCACGUUUUUGGAGGCAAGGUACCUCAUUGCGACAAGGAAGGUUGCAACGGACUUGUCAAGCCUGACAUUGUCUUCUUUGGAGAACCUCUACCUAAAGCAUUCGACAAUAAUACUUUCCAAGUCGCAAUGGCAGAUCUGGUCUUGAUUGUCGGCACUAGUCUGAGUGUCUACCCCUUCGCUGCUUUGCCAGGUAUGGCGCAAGAGGGGAAGCCUCGUGUGCUCUUCAACAUGGAGCAGGUGGGCCAACUUGGCAGCAGAUCCGAUGAUGUGAUCCAGCUGGGCGACUGCGACGCCGGUAUCCGCAAGUUUGCUGAUGAGCUCGGCUGGCGCGACGAGCUUGAGGCGCUGUGGAGAGAGACCGUGGGCGACGAGGAGGCAGACAGACAAAACAGUGGCAGAGAGAAGGAGGCGGUUCAAGAUGAAGUCGAGCGCUUGGCUGCUGAGGUUGGAGCUGUUGCAAUCAAUGACAGUGACGAGAGCGAUGGUACUAAGCAAGAAGGCACGGAGAAAGAUGUCAUUUCGCAAGAAGAGGCAACAAAGUCUCAAGAGGAACAGCCCAAGACUGAGAAUAGCAGUUCGGAGCCCUCCGAUACUCCCGCUUCAUCAUUCACACCCGCAGAAGAUAGCGCCAAGGAAUCACCCAAGACCGAGCAACUCAAGCCAGAGAACCUCGAGAAGAUUGGGGCAGCGGCAGCAAAGACACCGUCCAUGGUCACAGAGCCGCCUAAACCACCACCAUCAAAGGAGGAAACAACACAGGCAGACACGCCCAAGGAAGGACCCACAGAUGCGGCUGUGUCUACGGAGACUGCCCCCGAAGAAGAGAACAAAUCUAAAUUCUAA